AUGGGAGAAUCCUCUUUCCUGGACUCUUGGUGGGUCAAUAGCCGUGUCGUUAUGAUGGAUGAGCAGGAGGCACUGCAGUCAAUCAUGCAGGACCUGGCAGAACUCCACCGCUCCAGCCGUCCUGCUGGGUUCCUGUCGGACCUGGGCAAACCCAAAGCCUCCUCGCCCAAGAACCUGAAUGACAUCAGAGUAAAAUUCGAGUUCAAAGGCGAGAAGAGAAUUUUGCAAUUCCGUCGCCCUCUCAAGUUGGACGACCUGAGGGCAAAAGCUAAGGUGGCUUUUGGUCAGACGAUGGAUCUUCACUACAGCAACAACGAGCUGGUGAUUCCGCUGACCGUUCAGGAUGACCUGGACAAGGCCGUGGAGCUGCUGGAUCGGAGCAUUCACAUGAAAAGUCUGAAGAUCCUCUUGGUGCUGCAGCUCUCCUCACAGAACUCUUCCUGCAAUAUGGGCCUUCUGCCUUCCUCUGAGGAGUUGGACAACACAGGAUUCAGAGUCCCAGACAAAAAGAGCUUGCUUGGAUCAUUAGGAUCUCAUUCAGCGGAUCGUAGCUCUCCUCCACCUGGAUAUAUUCCUGACGCACUCCAGCAGGUGGCGAGGAAUGGAUCCUUCACAAGUAUUAACAGCGAAGGAGAGUUCAUUCCAGAAAGCAUGGACCAGAUGCUGGACCCUUUGAGCAUGAGCAGUCCGGAAAACUCUGCAUCUGGUAGCUGCCCUUCUUUGGACAGCCCUCUGGACAGCGACUACCCAAAGUCGAGGAUGCCAAGAGCACAGAGCUACCCUGACAACCACCAGGAUUUUUCAGAUUACGACAUUCCAAUCUUCGACAAGACAGGAAAAGGAGGCACGUACCCUCGCCGAUACGGUGUUCCCUUUGGUCUUCAAGAUUACAGUGAUGGGAGGAAGACCUUCCCUCGCGCACGCCGGACACAAGCACACGGCCUGCGCUCACCUGUCAGCUUCAGUCCCACAGAGCAGUCUCCGAGCACCAGCAGCGGCAGCAGCGUCUUCACCCCCGACCUGGAAGAUGCUGUUGGGCCUGCCAGGCGUCCACGAAGAGGAAGUGACAUUGAAGUCAAUCAGUCGGCCACCCCGAACUUGUCAGUCAUGGACAUCAGUCCACCCAGCCGCUCGCCACGUGCACCCACCAACUGGCGACUGGGGAAGCUGCUUGGCCAGGGCGCCUUCGGACGGGUGUUCCUUUGCUACGACGCAGACACUGGACGGGAACUGGCUGUCAAACAGGUCCAGUUUGAUCCAGAUAGUCCUGAGACGAGCAAGGAGGUGAGCGCGCUGGAGUGUGAAAUUCAGCUGCUAAAAAAUCUUUGUCACGAGCGCAUCGUCCAGUACUACGGGUGUCUGCGAGAUACCAUGGAACGAACACUCUCCAUCUUCAUGGAGUACAUGCCUGGAGGUUCCAUAAAGGACCAGGUGAAGACUUACGGUGCACUGACGGAGAACGUGACACGUCGUUACACUCGGCAAAUCCUUGAAGGGGUUUCCUACCUUCACAGCAACAUGAUCGUUCACAGGGACAUCAAAGGGGCCAAUAUCCUCAGAGACUCUAUUGGAAACGUGAAGCUGGGAGACUUUGGGGCCAGUCGGCGGCUGCAGACUAUAUGUCUGUCAGGAACGGGAAUUAAGUCAGUGACUGGCACUCCCUACUGGAUGAGCCCGGAAGUAAUCAGUGGCGAGGGUUAUGGCAGGAAGGCUGACAUCUGGAGUGUGGGAUGCACUGUUGUGGAAAUGUUGACCCAACGACCCCCCUGGGCGGAGUUCGAGGCCAUGGCGGCCAUCUUUAAGAUUGCCACACAGCCCACCAACCCUAUGCUGCCAGCUCACGUGUCCGACCACUGCAGAGACUUCCUCAAGCGUAUCUUUGUGGAGACCAAGCAGCGUCCUUCUGCAGAUGAACUGCUGAGGCACAUUUUUGUACAUUAAGAUGAGAGCGCCGGCCAGUUUGGACCUUGCCUGACAACACACCAACCUCUCAGCUUGCUCGCUGUAACCAUAUUGGACCAGGAAGAUGGUUGGGUGCUUCGUACCAAACUGCUAAAGACACAAGUCUUCUCUUUUUUGCACCUUAAUUUCUCAAAUAAGGAGGAAUCAAGCGCGUUAUGAACUCUCAGAAAACUGCUCUCCCUUUUUUUAACGCCCUCUCUUCAAAUGUUGGUGUCAUUGUUGUGGACCAGACCCCAGAAUGUAGUCUCCUGCUUGUGAUGACCUGGACUUGCUGCUAAAAAAAAACAACCCCAUGCAGACAACAUUCUCCACUUGCCUGCCUUCAUCUCGCCGCCUUUUUCAGUCGCCAUCUUGCCACGUGCCUUUUUUUUUUCAGUUUCUCUACAUUGCCUGGAGGAGUUUGUGUCAUGGUCACAUUAAGUCCCGCCAGUUGACUGCUUGCGGUCACAUCUCAUGGCCGCAGGAAAGUCUGCUUCAUCCGCUUUCACUUUCACGCAAAAAAGCAAGUGCAAGAUCUUGAUUGACAAACUGCUGUGUUGCAAUACCACAGUGGGGGAAAUAGGAAGGAAGCCCCUGCUGAGACAAUCUAUAUUUUUAACGGCAGGUUUGUUGUAGAGAAAAACAGAAUAUUUAACAACAACUCCAGAAAAAAGAACUCUAAAAAGAUUAGAGCGAGUUUUUGUAUUUGAAAUUGUGGCGAAGUACUUGGAGAAAAGCUUGUUGGGCAGCACAGAGAUGUUUGUGGGAGUUGGUCAUCAGGGUUGUCAUACGCAUUUCUCUGCACGUUGAGUCGAUGUUGGCAUCAUCUGACCACGUCCCAUUCUUCCAAGCCUUGUCUGGAGUUUGCCAAUGAAGACCUCAAUGACUUUGACAGGCCUCAUCACAAUCAAUGACAUGUGCUUUUCUGUGGUCCCAACUUUCAUUAACCAGCUAUCUAACCUUUGUAAUUCUGGGCUGGCCCCGCACCUUUCUUAGAACCACCUUUACUCCACGGGGUGAAUUCUUGCAUGGAGCAUUUCCGAUUUAUUGCGUCUACAGCGGGGGUUUUAAACCAAGGUUCUUGUUGAUGGUCUCGUUGCUUAUUCUAGUCUUGUGCAGGUCCACAAUCUUAUCCCUGAUGUCUUUUGACAGCUCUUUUUCUUUCCCAUGGUGGUGGACGGUCAUUUAUCCACAUCCAUUGAGAUGAGGUAUCCUCUUCUAAAGGACAGGACUGUGUGCUUUUUUGGCAUGUACUGUAUUUUUCGGAGUAUAAGUCGCACGGGCCGAAAAUGCAUAAUAAAGAAGGAAAAAAACGUAUAUACGUCGCACUCGAGUAUGAGUCGCAUUUUGAAUAAGUGUACUUUAUAUGAGGCAUAAAUAACCAACUGGUAUGUUAACGUAACAUAUUAUGGUAAGAGUCAUUCAAAUAACUAUUAACAUAUAGAACAUGCUAUACGUUUACCAAACAAUCUGUCACUCCUAAUCGCUAAAUCCCAUGAAAUCUUAUACGUCUAGUCUCUUACGUGAAUGAGAUCCAUCCAUCCAUCCAUCUUCUUCCGCUUAUCCGAGGUCGGGUCGCGGGGGCAGCAGCUUAAGCAGGGAAGCCCAGACUUCCCUCUCCCCAGCCACUUCGUCCAGCUCCUCCCGGGGGAUCCCGAGGCGUUCCCAGGCCAGCCGGGAGAGAUAGUCUUCCCAGCGUGUCCUGGGUCUUCCCCGUGGCCUCCUACCGGUCGGACAUGCCCGAAACACCUUCCUAGGGAGGCGUUCGGGUGGCAUCCUGACCAGAUGCCCGAACCACCUCAUCUGGCUCCUCUCGAUGUGGAGGAGCAGCGGCUUUACUUUGAGUUCCCCCCGAAUGACAGAGCUUCUCACCCUAUCUCUAAGGGAGAGCCCCGCCACUCGGCGGAGGAAACUCAUUUCGGCCGCUUGUACCCGUGAUCUUGUCCUUUCGGUCAUAACCCAAAGCUCAUGACCAUAGGUGAGGAUGGGAACGUAGAUUGACCGGUAAAUCG